AUGAGGGACUACCCAAACGCCAUCAUCAUCGGCGCCGGAGCCUCUGGCAUUGCAAUGGCGUACAAGCUGACGAGGAUGGGAUUCCGCGACUUUGUCAUCUACGACAAAAUGUCGGGCAUCGGCGGCACGUGGUUCGCAAACACCUAUCCGGGCUGUGGCUGCGACGUGCCCAGCCAUCUCUACAGUUUCUCCUUCGCCCUCAACCCGGACUGGUCCAAGGCGCUGUGCGAGCAGCCCGAGAUCCUCGCCUACCUCAACGACGUGGUCGACCGGUUCGAGUUGCGCGGGUUUUUCGAACUGCAGAUCGAGUGCUUGGGCGCGGUCUGGAACGAGGAGGAACAGCUCUGGGAAGUCAGCCUGAAGAAUGUCGUGACGGGGAUCGAGUUCAGGCGGAAGGCCAACAUCUUUGUCUCGGCGGUCGGGGGCAUCAGCGCUCCCAAGGAAAUCGACCUUCCGGGCAAGGAAACGUUCACGGGCAGAAGCUGGCACUCGGCCCGCUGGGACCAUUCGUACGACUACACCGGCAAAAGGCUUGCCGUCAUCGGAAACGGCUGCAGUGCCUCGCAGAUUGUGCCCAAACUCGUCCAGAAGGCGUCGUUUGUCAAGCAGUACUCGCGGUCCGCGCAGUGGUACCACGAAAGACCCAACCAUCUCACCAGCCCCCUGUCCAAGGCGCUCUGCCGCUACGUGCCCCUCUACCAGAGGUAUCUCCGGCUCCGACUGUUUGCCAGUUUCGAGUUUAUGACGCUGGCGUACGGGGCGGGCGAGAAGGCCGCGCGCGAGAGACGGAAACUCGAAGGCGCCUCCAAACGGUACACGCUCGGCAAGACGCCCCAGAAAUACCACGGGUUCAUCAUCCCGGACUUCCCGCUGGGCUGCAAGCGGCGGGUCUUCGACCCGGACUACCUCGACUCGCUCUCUAGCCCCAACCUGGACGUCACGGCGUCCAAGAUCAAACAGAUCGACGGCUCCGUCAUCGAGACCGAGGACGGCGACCGCACCGAGUUCGACGCCAUCUGCUACGCCACGGGGUUCCGGGUCACCGAGUUCCUGACGCCGAUGCGGGUCAUCGGCCGCGACGGCGUGCAAUUGAACGAGAAGUGGAAGGAGACGGGCGGCGCGGUCGCGUACAAGGGCAUGACCGUGGCGGGCUUCCCCAACUUCUCCAUCCUGUUCGGGCCCAACACGUUCCUCGCCCACAACUCGGCCAUCUUCAUCCUGGAGCUCGCGGCCGACUACACCGUGCGCCACAUCUUCCGGCCCAUCCUGGACGGGCAGGCCACGAGCGUCGAGGUCAAGGCGGAGGCCGAGGGCUACUGGGCCACCAAGACGCAGUACAAGCUCCAGCAGAUGGUCUGGUCGGGCGGGUGCAGCAACUGGAACCUGAACAGCGUCGGGCGCAACACCGCCUCCUACCCCGGGACCGGCAUGGACUUGCUGUGGGAAUUCUGGCAGCGCGACUUCGCCGACUACGUCUUCCGAGGAGGCUCUCGUUAUUGGAUCCUGAAACGACUUGGGCGCUGGGCGCGGACCGCCGUCAAGAGUCUUGGGCUCGCCGUCUUGGUGUCGUGGAUGGUUUGGCGUCUAGUCGCCUCCGUGUCCUGGACCAGGGGAGGGCUGCAGUCGUCAGUAGUUCAACUGCUUCGGAGUGCAAGGUCGAGUAUUUCGGCCCGGCUUUCGGCGUGA